AUCAAAAGGAAAUAAGGGCAGAUCUAUACCAAGACCUUGUAGACAAUAUUCAAGCUGGAGAACAAAAGGGAAAUGCAGUCGGAAAACGGACAGUACUUGCCUCGUCAUUUAUUGGAGGGCCACGAGAUAAACUUCGUCGGUAUCAAGAUGCUAUGGCUUUAGUUAGAAAAUAUGGAAAGCCAGACAUAUUCCUCUCAAUGACCUGCAACCCCAAAUGGGAAGAGAUCACACGUGAACUACAGUCUGGACAAACACCACAAGAUCGCCUAGAUAUUGUUGUUCGUGUUUUCAGGGCGAAGUUGGAAGAAAUGAAGAAGCAACUAUUUGAGAAGACCAUUCUUGGAAAGGUUAAGGCAUAUACAUAUGUCAUAGAGUUCCAAAAGUGGGGAUUACCCCAUGCUCACUUUUUGCUCACCAUGACCGAAAAAUACAAGUACACAUGUCCGGAACAGUAUGACAGAAUCAUCUCUGCUGAGCUCCCUAACAAGCACAAGUACCCAGAGCUAUACAAAAUGGUAAUCAAACAUAUGAUACAUGGUCCUUGUGGUGCAUUGAAUAAAAAAUUUCCAUGCACAAAAAACCAUCCAUCAUGCAAGAAUAAUUAUCCAAGGCCAUUUAAUGAAACUACAAUUCAAGGCAAGGACUGCUACCCGCUCUAUAGGAGACGCAAUGACGACAGUACCGAAAUUUUCCGAAAUUGGAAACUUGACAAUAGGUGGGUGGUUCCUUACAAUCCCUAUCUAUUAAGGAUGCUCAAUUGCCACAUAAAUGUUGAGAUAUGUUCAAGCAUUAAAGCCGUUAAGUACCUGUUCAAGUUCAUGUACAAGAGUCAUGACAGAGCAUUUGUAACUGACAAAGUAGAUGAAGUGGAAAUUGACGAGAUUCGACAAUACAGAGAUGCACGGUGGGUGACACCUCCAGAAGCAUUGUGGAGAAUAUAUGGCUUCGAACUAAGCAAAAUACACCCAGCAGUCUUGCAAUUGCAGCUACAUCUCCCAAAUAUGCACAUGGUUUCAUAUCACGGCAAGGAAAAAAUAAAAAAUAUUAUCGACCGUGAUGGCACCAAAAAAUCAAUGUUGACAACAUACUUUAAAGCAAACAACUUACAUGUGAAAGCACGAGGCAUACUAUAUAGGGACUUUCCGGAAUAUUAUACUUGGCAAAGACGAGGGAAAUUUUGGCAAGAAAGGAAACGAGCCGCUCUGUCCCAGGUUGGCAAGAUCAUCUCAGCACACCCGGCCGAAGGAGAACGAUACUAUCUUCGGGUUCUCCUAAACCACGUGACAGGCGCCACCAGCUACGAAGGCCUACGAACAAUUGAUGGACAAGUAAUGCCAACCUUCCGUGAAGCAGCAGAAAAAAGGGGGCUCAUUGAGGCAGACAACACACUUGAUGACUCCAUGACAGAAGCAGAGUUGUUCCAAGUGUCCUCAUCGCUACGAAGGCUAUUCACGACAAUCCUGGUGUUUUGCAUGCCCAACGACGUCCGUAGCCUUUGGAACAAUCACCUUGAGGCAAUGUCGAAAGACUACAAUAUAAAUUGCAAAUGCAAGCACACGGUUGAACAGAUGGUGUUGAAAAAUAUCAGGGACAUCUUGCACUCAAUGGGAAAAGACAUAGAAUCGUUUCCUCUUCCAAAGAUUGACAAACAACAUGACACAACAAAUGAUGUACCUAGGGAGAUCAUAGAGGAGACCUCAAUCAAGGUAGACCCUGAGGACGCAUCUUUGCAUAAGAAACUAAACAACGAGCAGAGGAAAGCCUACGAUAAAAUCCUAGCCACAGUUGACUGCCAAAGAGGAGGCAUAUUCUUUGUCGAUGGACCGGGAGGGACGGGAAAAACUUUUCUUUACAGGGCUCUCUUGGCCACAAUACGCGGACAAGGCAUGAUUGCCGUGGCAACGGCCACUUUAGGUGUUGCUGCUUCCAUAAUGCCUGGAGGGAGGACCGCACACUCGAGGUUCAAGAUUCCAUUAAGAAUAGACGAUGGAGAUAUUUGUGGGUUCACAAAACAAAGUGGGACAGCCAAGCUACUCCAAGCAGCAUCACUCAUAAUCUGGGAUGAAGCAUCUAUGACUAAGAGGCAGACAGUGGAGGCACUAGACAAAAGCAUGCGAGACAUAAUGGACAAACCAGAUCUUCCAUUCGGUGGAAAAACGGUCGUGUUUGGUGGAGAUUUUAGGCAAGUGCUCCCUGUUGUCCGAAAGGGAACAAGAGCUCAGAUAGUAGAUGCAUCACUACGCAGGUCCAAGCUCUGGAAUUGCAUGCAUCAAUUGAAGCUUGUGCGCAACAUGAGGGCUCCAAACGAUCCAUGGUUCACAGAAUACCUACUACGCAUUGGAAACGGAACCGAGGAGACAAAUGAUGAUGGUGAAAUACUUCUACCUACAAGUAUAUGUGUGCCAAAUAAGGCGGAUGAUAAUGGCCUUGAUAGACUCAUUGACAGUAUCUACCGACCUGCUUCCCUAAAAGAUCCAAAAUACAUCACGUCAAGGGCAAUUUUAUCCACAAGAAACGACUGUGUAGACAAAAUCAACCUACAAAUGAUUGAUCGCUUCCAAGGGGAGGAGAUGGUGUACCACAGCUUCGAUUCUGUAGAAGACGACCCACAUAACUACUAUCCACCAAAAUUCCUAAACACACUCACCCCAAAUGGAUUGCCUCCACAUAUGCUAAAGCUCAAAAUAAAUUGUGCAAUCAUACUACUUAGGAAUAUUGACCCCGCUAAUGGACUAUGCAAUGGCACACGGUUGGUCGUACGUGGGUUUCAGAAAAAUGCAAUUGAUGCAGAGAUUGUGGUAGGGCAGCACUCUGGAAUGCGAGUUUUCUUGCCUUGCAUACCAUUAUGCCCCUCUGACGAUGACAUGUUCCCAUUUAGUUUCAAGAGGAAACAAUUUCCAAUCAGGCUCAGCUUUGCAAUGACAAUAAACAAAUCACAAGGUCAGACAAUAGCAAAUGUCGGCGCGUACCUGCCUGAACCGGUAUUCUCACAUGGUCAACUAUAUGUUGCACUUUCUAGAGCGACCACGAUAGAAAACAUAAAGGUACUAACAGGUACACAUGAUGAGAACAAGGUGAAGAAUAAGAAGAUCGGUACAAGUGACACAUACACAAAGGAGGAGAAGAAAAACAAGAAUAAGAAUAAGAAUAUCAGUGCAAGCAAGACAUACACAAAGAAUAUUGUCUAUACAGAAGCCCUCACCAAAUAGAACCAUUGCAACCAACUGUGAACUUCACAGUUAGAAUUCAGAACUACUUAUUGUCGUGAAGGAGCGUGUCUUGAUGUCCUGGACCACUAUCCCAUUCAUGGAUUUUCUGUAUUAUGUGUCCAGGAAGUCAUUCGUGGUUAUUUAAAACUUUGAUCAGUCUGACAAUCCCCAUUAUGUUUGUACUAGCUAUAAAAAUAAUCUGUGUGUAUAUGCAAAUCUAGCAGCAAAAUGUGUUGUUAAGGGGAAACCGAGACUUACCAGUGAAAAUAAGAACAUAUUUCCCGCCUUGGAGCUGUUGUUGCUGCUGCAACACUGAUUUUUUCUAAACAUCACUUUCUCUAACUUCCUCAAACCUGAAAUUGUAAUAACCCGGAUUUUUAGGGUUAUUAAUUUAAAUUAAGUUGAGUAAUUAAAUUUCUAUUAUCUGUUUAACAUAAAAUAUUUGAGAAAAUAAGAUAUGCUAGAUUAUUGAUUCAAGUGAUUAAAAUAGAACU